AUGGGGCUCCUUUCUGGGGAUGUAGAGACAGACAGUUACCGUAGAUCUCCGCCUAUGAUUGUUUUGCUGUGGAAAUCUGCUGAGCGCGCAACGUUAAUCUUCUGCGACUCCAAAUCACAGAGAGAGCCUCCAGUCAACAGCCCUCUGUCUCGUAGUUCAAGGACCUCCUCGAUAUAUGGUAACGUAGUCAUAAACAUGAAAAGACUCAAAGUUCCUUUUGCGGUUAUGGACAAACGAGGAUUCACGUGGGGUUUUGAUGGAAGCUUCACGAGAACUGUUCAGGUGCGCAUUGCCCAUCUACGGUUCGGUACUGUUGUCGCGCUUGAGACAGGAGAGACCUUUGGCAAGUUUCUAUUUGAAGAAGGAACGACGAACAAGCGGAUAAACACGAACACAGGACCCCGAGUCGAAUUCUCACAACAGGCGAAAGAUCAAUACGCGUGGUCGCCAUGUCCGCCUGCGUCGCAGUCGUUCCGGGGGCACCAGCAGUUGGAAACCGUUAGCCUCGAGAGUUUUAAUCGUGACAUUCCUAGUAGCGCUGGCAGCAGUCGCCCUUCGAAGGUAUGUGUUACGCACGAGGUCUCGUUCGAUGUCCACCAUUUCCCAAGAUUCCGACACCUCAGCCUCUCCACGAGAAACAUUUCUGGAGUCCCGUGCACGACUCCGUGA